AUGUUUGACAGCUAUCUUGGCAGCCUUCUCAACAUAUCCUCGGUCUCGAUCAUCAAAGCCAUUGCGACGGCCUUGGUGGCUCAUUUUGUGCUGAUUUCGGCGUGGCGGUUAUGGUUUCACCCCCUUGCGUCGGUUCCUGGGCCUCGCCUCGCGGCGGUUUCCAGCCUGUGGGAAGUAUGGCAGGAUGUUUUCCGGGAUGGGAACAUGGCGAGGGCUAUCUCCAGGCUUCAUGAUGAGUACAAUUCCGACGUUGUCCGUAUAUCGCCAAAUCAUGUCCACAUCAACGAUCCGGAUUUUUAUUUCCAAAUGUUCAAAGUCACAUCAGGCUUCGAAAAAGACCCGGCAUUCUACAGCAAACUCGGGGUUCCUCAUUCGAUUCUGAGCGUGGACACAAAAACAGCUCGAUUCAUACGGACCAAAGCAAAUGCAAUCGUCGCGCCUCGAGAUUGGGGUGUAAUGGCGGAAAAAGCGUACAAAGUGACCAAGAGAGCGUCUGACCACCUUGCAUCCCAAUCUCGGAGAGGAGAUGAAAUUGACUUGUUCCAAAUGCUGCGAAGCAUAUCGACAGAUAUGAUCUGUCAUUUAUGUUUCGGGUUCUCCGCGGGCUUUGUUGACAAUCCGGAGGAGUCCUCCCAACUCUUCCGUGUUCUUGAUAUGUGUCUGGAAGGCCUCUGGUACACGGUUCACAUCCCAUUCCUUGCAGAGUACAUAUUCGUACUGCCAAACUGGAUUCUCAAGACAUUGAUCCCAGGAUAUAUUUAUUUCAGACGACAAGGUGGCCAAUGGGUCGAUCAAACAUUGGAGCGAAGCAAGAAUGCAAGCGAGGAAGAGAGAAAAUUAACACUCAUCGACGUCCUAAAUCCCUCCUCCGGGCAAGAUGCCAGUGAGAAGGACCGGUCCUGGCUCAUUGACCAGGGCAACGUAUUCGUGUUUGCCGGAGUCGAUACGACCUCAACGAUGUUAAUGUAUACUUUUCAUAAAGUCUUGUCAUCUCCUGAUAUCCUCAACCGCCUGCAGAAAGAGCUCCAAGACGCGAAGUUGUCGAUCGAUGAACAGUAUGAUUGGAAAAGGGUCCGGCAGUUGCCUUACCUGACUGCUGUAAUCAAGGAAGGGUUGCGAAUGAGUGUUGUUAUCCCGGGACGACUCCCACGAGUUGUCCCUCCCGAAGGGGUGAAAUACAAGGGCCUUUUUAUUCCUGGAGGAACAAGCGUAUCAAGUACGAUAUACUCGAUGCACCACAAUCCCGCAGUCUUUCCGGAGCCGUAUUGGUUCAACCCAGAUCGCUGGCUAGCAGAGGACAGCAUCGAACUCGAGAAGUACAAUGUCGCGUUCAGCAAAGGCACCAGAUCGUGUAUUGGAAUGAACCUGGCGUAUCUGGAGAUCUAUACAACACUGGCCCUGUUUUUCAGCAAAUUCGAAAUGCGGGUAGACUACCCAGGUGUUGGAGAGGAAUUAGACUGGGGAGAUAGUCUGGCUCGGAGAUCCAAAGACUUUAUCAAAGUGAGCAUCCUUGCAGACAGAUUUUCUGAUGGGGUCUGA